CAUCCCUCUGCCAUCCAAGGGCGUCCCCAACCUAAAUACUACCCCCAUUAUUCACGACGGUUGGUUGACGGCGACCCAACCCCUUGGAACUCGACACAAAAAUCGGGUGUGAAACAAACGCAGCAGAAUGCCGAUCCGAAGAUCGCGAGACGAACGCCUCUCGUUCUCCAGAUUCCGAACUGGUUCGCUGGCCAAUUCCGGCUCCACGUCCCGCGGUUUGGGCGAUCCCUUGCUGUUUGAGGCGGCGUUUCAUGAUGGCCACUCUCGCUGCGCCCGCCCUGGGUGCCUUGGGGGGGGGAGACUGUUCGCCUGUUCGGUUCAAGGGCGAGAGAGGGGUUUCCCGGAUGAUGUAACGAUCGUCGCACUAUUGUUUUCUGAGACCACCACGCGGCGACUAACGAUUGUCACUUGGGUUCUGUGGGGGUUGGCUCCAUUCCUGGGUUGGUCAGCUUCGUCGAGGGUAGCCGAGUCAGGCUGGGGUUGUACUUUGUACCUGAGAAGCCUCUUGGAGCUGUUUGACCCAUGGAACGGAGACUGGAGGGUGGAGAGUCAAGAGUCAGGAAUAGAUUUGACAGCGAACCGCGAGGUUGGAGAAGUCAAGUUGGCGGAGAUCACGAGACUGCGGCUGGUCGCGUCGCGUCUUUUGUUUGCUUUUGCUUCUUUCUCUCCGUCGCUUCGUCGCUCAUCGCUCGUCGCUCGAUCUUCGUCGCUUCAUUCUCCGCCCCUCCGUCAAUUUGCUUCUUCCUCGGCCAAUGCUCGGCUUCCGCAUUAUUCACCGGCACUAGGAUUGUCGAUCGUCGCAAGCUUGACAGCGCCACAAACACUGACGGGUCUGCCGACCUGACCUGUUGACACAGCAUCCCUCCUGUCUGAGACUUGACCCAAUUCCCAUUCUGUCUUCGCUCUUCAAGGCAGUGGCAAUUGCGUCCACAGGAUGCAAAUGCCCAGAUAACCCACGGCAUGCGAAACGGAAAGGGGAGUCGAGGGGAAAUCCUUCUGAAACCCACCGACUAGUCAACAAUGACUAACUAUCCCUUGAUUUGUCAACUGGCAAUGCAUUGGUGCUAAUCGGCCAAGGGACUGAAAUGGGCUAACAAUCUAGCGUCAUCGGGACUGAUUGCUGCUCGAUCCGAUCAAUCCAAAGUACUCUGUACUCC